UCGAAUUUCAAAAAUCAUUUAUGACGGUCAUUUUAAAAUGCAAGGUUAUCAAACAAUUAUUUAAAUAAUUUUUCGGUCUUGUGCUAAAAGAAAUAGAAUCAAAGGGAGUCAAAACUGUGUCUUUUUAGUUGUGAGUGCAAGAUAUGGUAGAAGAGGGACUGAUAUAGUUAUACAGUUUAGCAGUGUGACACAAAUUUGCCUCCCUAAUAUGAUAAAAUAACCUAAUUUGUGAAUUUCAUUUUUGCACUUCCAUUUGUGAAUAAAUAUUUGGUAUAAUGUUAAGCAUUGUAUUAUGUCGUCGUCUGCUACAAACUGGAUACAAUCAAAGAAAACCUUGGAUCAAAUCAUUUACAGUAUGUGCAAUUAAAUCAAGAAGACAAAUUUGUUCAGAAUGGUUUUUUUCUAACACAAGCAUACAUAAUCCAUUGUAUCCUGCCCUUGGACUUAGGUGUUUUAGUGGAAGUGCAAUUCAUCGUACACAGAAAAAAAGUGCAUUACAUUUAAAAUUUAUUACACCAAUAAAGUUUCCACUACCAAUUCCUGGAUUUAGGGAAGGGAAAUCAGGUCAACAAAAAAGAGAUUGUUUUCAUCCUGGUGUAUCCAGUUUAAGUCAAGAAAGUAUUGAUUUACAAGAAAAAGAACCAGUUACCUCAUCAGAUAUGAUAAAAGCAAUGCUUCAGUAUAUUUGGCCUAAAGAUGAUCCAGAAAUAAGGAACAGAGUUAAAGUUGCUGUUAGUUUACUUAUUGGUGCAAAGGUUUUAAAUGUUUGUGUCCCUUUUAUUUUCAAAUAUGCAAUAGAUGCUAUCAAUUCUCAACAUAUAGCAAGUACUGGCAAUGCUAUUUUAAGUCUAGAUACUGCACCAGAAACAGUUGUAACUGCAGCAACAACAUUACUUAUAGGAUAUGGAAUAGCACGCGCAGGGGCGGCUGGAUUCAGUGAAUUACGCAAUGCAGUGUUUGCAAAAGUUGCACAACAUUCUAUUCGAAAAAUAGCUAAAAAUGUCUUUUUACAUUUGCACAAUUUAGACAUGGCUUUUCAUUUGAAUAGACAAACUGGAGCAUUAUCAAAAACAAUAGAUAGAGGCAGCCGAGGUAUAAAUUUUGUACUAAAUGCAAUGGUAUUUAAUAUUAUACCUACUGUCUUUGAAUUAUCCUUAGUCAGUACAGUACUAUAUUUAAAAUGUGGUGGAGAAUAUGCAAGUAUUGCUCUUGGUUGUGUAGGAAUUUAUGCUAUAUUUACAUUAGCUAUUACACAGUGGCGAACCAAGUUUAGAGUUUAUAUGAAUCAAGCAGAGAAUGAAGCAAGCAAUAAAGCAGUAGAUUCACUUAUUAAUUAUGAAACAGUAAAGUAUUUUAACAAUGAAAAAUUUGAAGCACAAAGAUAUGAUGAAUCAUUGAAAAAGUAUGAAGCUGCAUCACUUAAAACAAACACUAGUUUAGCACUGCUAAAUUUUGGACAAAAUGCCAUAUUCAGUGCUGCCUUAAGUUUGAUAAUGGUAUUAGCAGCUCAAAAUAUUACACAAGGUACUAUGACGGUUGGAGAUUUAGUAAUGGUCAAUGGGCUUUUAUUUCAACUAUCAGUUCCUUUGGGAUUUCUAGGAUCAGUAUAUCGCGAAGUUAGACAAGCUCUUAUUGAUAUGCAAACUAUGUUUACAUUGAUGACAAUGGAUACAGCUAUUAAGUCCAAAGAGAAUGCAAUACAGUUGCACUUAAACUCAAACAAUUCAAAUAUUGAAUUCAGAAAUCUUAAUUUUCAAUACGUCGAGGGUAAACCUAUUUUUAAAGAUAUGAAUUUUACCAUACCAAGUGGUAAAAAAAUUGCUAUUGUUGGAGGAUCUGGUUCUGGUAAAACAACAUUAGUAAGAUUGUUAUACCGAUUUUUUGAACCACAAUCUGGCAGUGUUCACAUUAAUGGUUACAAUAUUCAAGACGUUGAUUUAGAUAUUUUAAGAAAAUCAAUAGCAAUUGUUCCGCAGGAUACAGUUCUCUUUCACGAAAGUAUCUUUUAUAAUCUUCAUUAUGGAAAUUUAUCUAAAUCAAAGGAAGAAGUUUAUGAAGCUGCCAAAAUGGCAAAUUUACACGAUUCCAUUCUUAAAUGGCCAAAAGGAUACGAUACACCAGUUGGUGAACGUGGUUUAAAAUUAAGCGGCGGUGAAAAACAGCGGGUUGCAAUUGCUAGAGCAAUUUUGAAAAACAGUCCAAUAUUAAUCUUUGACGAGGCCACGUCGUCUUUAGAUUCUAUUACAGAAUAUCAUAUCCUUGAAGCAUUACGCAGAGCAACCACCGGGCGUACGUCCAUCGUUAUUGCCCAUCGUUUAUCUACAGUCAUGGAUUCAGAUGAAAUUUUAGUACUAGCCAAUGGUAGUUUAAUUGAGAGAGGAACACAUGAUUGUUUGCUAGCUACGCCAAAUUCUUUCUAUAGUAAAUUAUGGAAAACACAGCAUAUGGGAAUGCUCAAAUCUAAUAAUAAAGAAAAAGAAAAUAAUCAUAGAACUCCUGGAGUUUAAAACAAGUAUCGUAUAACAUACGUAUAACAUCGUAUAACAGGUAAACAUGUUAACGUAAUAUUCAAUUUAAAAACAAAUAAUUAAUGAAAAAAUAGUAUUCAAGGAAUUAAACGUGAAAUGAAAGUUCAUUUUUUUUUCUUUUUUAACGAACUUGAGUGUUUAAUAUAACAUGUACAAUAUAACGCCAUGAACAGGAUAUACUAAAUAUAAUGCUUUUAAUACAAUUCUAAUUACAUAUUCACAUUUUUUCUCAUUUUAAUAUAGGAACAUUUCAAAAUGUUAAAAAAUUGUUAUUUAUUUCAUUGUACAUUAUAAAUACAAGUAGCAACGAUUAAGUAUAUUUAGUAUUGUAAACUUAAUUUACACAGGUUGUAACAAUAAUGUAUGUGCUGUGCACAUAUCUACUUAUAUAUGUACAAAUAUCUGGUAUUUUUAAAAGAUCAAGUACUUGUAACUAAGUUGUAUUUCUGUAAUAUAAUUGUAUACAGAUUUAUAAAAAUAAAAGUAUUUUAAAUCCUUGUA